CUUGACUUUUUUUAAGACUUUUGAAACAGGACAACAAAAACAUAUUCGCGGAAUCGAAGGACAUAAUCUAGAUAUAGUAUGUACUGUUAACAACGGUAAACCACCAGAAACUCUCUUUUUAACAGAGAACGGUUCAACCGUUCAGAAAGGUAAAAGUGAUAAAAUAGUUUAUUCGUUUGUUCCAAGCAGAAAGGACAAUAUGAAAUCAUUGGAAUGUACUGCUGUAAGUGCCAUGUUAGAAAAACCAUUGACCGAUAAAGUUAUUUUGGAUAUUCAAUACAAACCAUCACUAACUGUCGAUCGUCCUGCACGUGAAAAAUUUAUUGAAAAUACUUCGACACAAGUAUGUUGUCAAGGAAACAGCAAUCCACCAAUGGAUCAGAUCAUAUGGAAAGGGAAUGUGAACUAUUCAGUUGGCAAUAAUACCUCAUCAUGUUUGACAUACAGCCCGAUCCAUCGUACUAACACACAAAUAUAUACAUGUAUUGCUUCAAACGGAAUAGGAAUAUCCGAAUCGCAUAUAUAUCUCAAGAUUCUGUAUCCUCCAGUGGUCAGUGUGUCGUACACAAUUACUGGACAAACUAUCAAUCUACACUGUCAUCCAAGGGGUGAACCUAACAAUUACACCUUCGCAAAAUGGUAUUAUCGAUCGGAAUUCGAUGAAACAAUGUGUAAAAUUGAAGGAACUCAAACCGGCAAACUCACGAUAAUAGCACAAAGCAAUAAGACACUUCUUGAACAGGUUGGAAUUUACGUAUGUAAAGUAUCCAAUGGUAUUAUAGCUAGAAAUGGAACUCUGUAUCAGGAAGGAGCAGUAAAUGUUCAAUUCGAAGCACCACCAAUCUUCAUUUCAACAAACAAAAGAGUACAGUUUGGGCAAUAUAAAUGUGAUCUUAAUAUCACUGUUGUUUUGUACAGUAAACUUGAUAUUAUACUACUGAAGAUAUCAAAUGAUAAUAGGGUUCUACAUCCAAGGAUUACAAAGGGAAGGCCUCAUACUCAUGAUAUAUUCCAUGGUUUCAAACUAAAAGUUCAUGAAAUAACAAUUGUGUUUCAUCUUGGCUUAGCGACAGAGGAGGAAUUUGUUAAUUAUACAAUAGAUGCUUGUAACAUUAAAGGGUGUAAUUCAUAUACUGUUUACCUCAGAUCUGGAAAUCGACCAGAACCUCCCAACAAUAUAACAGUGGUUCAAUACGAAAACCACAUGAUAGUGUCACAGAUUCCAGGUUUUAAUGGCGGAUCAAAUCAAUUUUUCUUUAUACAGCAUCGUAAUGCUGACGUAGAAUGGUGGAAAACAACAGGUCCCGUAAAAGAUAGCUUCGAAAAUGAAUUUAAAUACACUAUAUAUGAACUUGUAUCAAAUAAACAAUAUUUUGUGUGCAUGUUUUCUAGAAAUGUUAUUGGAGAAAGUGAAAAAAAACAAGUGUUUCAGAAGCUAGAAAUUUUAAGUAUGAACUAAUUACGCCUUCUGCAUACAAUAAUUGCACGGUGGUUAUUGGAAACAUUGUCGGAGGAAUGCUUAUAUGCUGUAUUGUCUCACAUAUAUAUUGCUGUUUGAGGCGAAAAAGAAGAUCUAAUUCGACGGUGGAAAUCACUCAAGAAGGUCAAUAUGAUGAGAUAGGAACAAUUAGUUAUAACAAUGUGAUUGUUGAUCCAAUAACUAACUUUGAACUAGAUAAUAAUGACCAUAUACCAAGAGACGACGUAAGCAAUGAUGUUAUAUCAAGUGGUGGUGGAGAUAGUUCUAGUGCAAGCUCUUUCAUAGGACUAACUGGUGAGGGUUAUGAAAAUGCCUAUCAGGCGAUAAUUCCUUCAAUUAUCGAAAUGCACCAAUACAGUAGCAUCAUCCCAAAUAUUUAUCAAAAUACAAUUAUAUCACCGGCAAGCGCGGCAACAACAUCUGCAGAGUACAUUAAUACAGCAAUUUACACAAAGCCCUAGCUUGUCAUAGACAAGAUGAUACGAUAAUCUGAACUACAGAACAUAAUGGACUUAUUUUUUAUCUGUACUAAGCUUCAUGUAGGAAAUGUAUGGUUAGUAUAUAUGUG